AUGGCCGACCCCAACCUCGCACCCGAAAUCCGAGCAAAGAUGCAGGAAAUAUUCAAACCCGACGAUCGUCACAGUUGGGAUUUGCUCUGGAAAGAGAAUAUAACACCCUGGGACGCCGGCGAUGCCCAACCCUCCCUCAUCGAACUAAUCGAGGAAUCCGGGCUCGACUUUGCGAGAAAAGGGAGGGCUUUGGUUCCCGGAUGCGGAACUGGAUACGACGCAGUCUACCUUGCAAGUGCAUUAGGACUGCAAACCAUCGGAAUGGACAUCUCAGAGUCAGCCGUAGAGGCUGCCAAUCGGUAUCGCGACUCGAGCGGGGUGCAAGGGGCAGACAGAGCCAUUUUCCAAAAGGCCGACUUCUUCACCUACAAAGUCCCAGAUGAAGAGCGUUUCGACUUGAUCAUGGACCACACAUUCUUCUGCGCAAUCCAUCCAUCCCUCCGCCCCGAAUGGGGUCAACGAAUGUCCGAACUAAUCAAACCAGGAGGAUACCUCAUCACAAUCUGCUUCCCCAUGAUCCCAAAGGUGGAGACGGGACCACCGUACUAUCUUCGACCCGAGCACUACGAUGAAGUGCUGAAAGAGACGUUCGAAAAGGUUUACGAUAAAGUGCCGACGAAAUCUUCGGAGAACCAUAAAGACAAAGAACGGAUGUUGGUUUGGAAGAAGAAAUAA